UUAAUUUAGCUAAGAAACAGAGAUGGGUGUCGGUACGGGUCUUAUGAAGACUCUGAUGUUUGUCUUUAACGGCAUCGUAUGGGUGUUAGGUCUGGUUCUGUUCGUGGUGGGUAUUGUUGUCCUGGUGGAAGGUAAGAACUGGAAUGAGAUCGUGGACAACAAGACUGUUCCGGUGUCAGUGAUGCUGAUUGUGGUGGGACUGAUCAUUGCUGUUGUGGGAUUCCUGGGAUGUUUCGGUGCUAUGAAGCAGAGUGGAAACAUGCUCCUUGCAUACUCCGUGAUCCUCGGACUGAUCAUCAUUCUCCAAUGUGUUGCUGGAAUCCUGGCCUUUAUCUUUAGUGAUGAGGCGAUAAAAGCCAGCCACUCUGGGUUUGUAACUGCUGUAGCUAACUAUGAUCCCCGUGAUGAUAGCACUACUGGAGGCAUUGAUUGGCUACAGAAGCACUUAGAUUGCUGUGGUAUUCAGAACGCAUCUGAUUGGCGAGAAAACGCCCAAAAAGCUACGAUAUGGAUUAAAACCUAUUUCAACAGCGUUCCAGACUCUUGUUGCAAAAGGCUGAGGGACCAGUGGAACCCAACUCCCAAAUGCGGGGAAGAACAAGGAAUGGGGAAUAGUCCACUCAUCCACAACGGGGGUUGCUACGAGAAGAUGGUAGCUUGGAUCUACACAUACAUGCCUAUGAUGGGGGUCAUGGCUCUGGCGUUCAUUCUCUUCGAAGCUGUUGUUAUCCUGAUUACCUGCGUUCUCAGGAGAGAUGGCUUAUCUCCGGUGCCUGUCAGAAUACAGUAGCCGAAUAAUCGAAUAGACAAUAUCUGCUGAGGAGGAUGACACGUGGUAUUGCCACGUGAUAUUACCACGUGAUAUUACCACGUGAUAUUACCACGUGAUAUUACCAUUUUAUUUGGUCGAGGUUAAAUUAACGGGUUUAUUGGUUACCAGGUUACCAGGUUACCACGUUACCAGGUUACUAGGUUGCCCUGCACUAUAUACUGUUUAUUUAUAUUACGAUAAAAGGACACUAAUUCGGUUGAUGAGCAUUUGAGAGUUUAUCCAAUGCUUUACUAUAGAACUCCAUUAUCUUCGAUUUAUAAUUAAUGAUAAGGAUCAUUGUAUCUUAAUUGUUGGAUGUCGGAUUUAUUAUUUCAAAUCUUAUGCAGAUAGUUAGCAGUCAUUCUUUAUAUCAAGCUAAUACAUUUUAAUAUUGACUGAUAUUUCUUCAGCAAAUUUUAUUUCAGCAACGUUUUAAAAAUACAUAUAAUAUUCAGGUUAUAAUGAUUCACAAAAUAUGUUUUAAGAUCCACAUUCCACAGUACUGUGCACGCAAUAUGAUCCGGUCCUCGCUUAUAAAGUUAGACAAUAUUAACAGAGUAGAUAUAUAAUGUAAAUGGUGUUUUAACAAGUAUUCUAUCUGUUGUUAAUUUUAUUAAAGGUUAUAGAAUCUUCCAAUUCCACGUUAGUGUACAGUUGUAGUUUGACUUGAGUUCAUUCAGAUGAUUGAAUCAUAUAUGGUCAACAGUACCAUAUAACGCUUUUUUAUCAGAAUAAAGUGUACAAUCUUUAAUAGUUCAUGGAUGUCUACCAGAAUAAAUUUAACGAUUUUUAUCAGAAAUUAUGUUCUAUCAGAAUUAAUAUACCAGAAUUUAUUACAUUUAAAAUGAUAAUCGAUGUCAAUUACGAUUAGCUUACAAUUUCAUGAUAUAUAACAGACCAUCAUUAUUUCAUGAUGAGGAAGGAUGUUCAUUUUUCAUACGUGUUUUUAAGAUUUUUAUUUGCAGAAAUAUGGGUUAGUUGAGCUGUUAUAUAUUGAGUUUGUUGAUAUCGCAUAAGCUAUCAGUAUUCAGCAAUGUUGAUCUUUAGACGCGGUUAAUACGACAUCUGGUCGAGAUUGAAAUGUUGAAUGAAGGAGUAGCUUGUUUAAGCUGAUUCUUUCCUAAUUGUCGAAAGAUGAACAUUGAAUAUGUGUACUGUGUGUAUUCAGUUAUUGACGUUAAUUCGUUUUAAGUGUUUAUUUAUAUUUGUCAACAUUAUUUCAACUUCAAGUUUAAGUUCAACAAUAA